AUGGAGCUGGGAGAUUUGAAUCAGCUCCAAAUUCCCACGAGUUUACAGUCUCACCAGCCACAGCCGCUACAAUAUACGGGCUCUUCACACCAGUCCUCGUCUACAGCUGUUUCAACCUCUUUGAGAAGUCCUCUUACGUUCAAUCACCUCUCAUCUGAAGCAACCGAAUUUAUGCGAUUAACACCAGUCAACAUAAAGAACUUAACGUCGCCGAUUCGUGAUGUGGAAAAAAAAAGCGGCUUCCUUACUGGCGAUGAAAAUCCGGCAUAUGCUGCCUACAAAGAUAACUUCAACCUUAUUAGCCGCAAGUUGGAAAAGCUGCUUGACGAACUUACUGUUAUUUACCGCGAGAUUGGUUAUUCGAACACAGAGAUAUGCGACAAGGAAAAACUGAUAUUCAACCACAUUUCAGAUUCUAUUACCGGGUUUUUCGAACAUGCCAAUCAAGAGCGUGACAAAAUUAGCGCAGACAAUCAGGUGGCACAACAAGUCUUACAACGCAUCUUACAAGUCAUCCAGGAUCCCAAAGGAACUGUUUCCAUUCCAGACCUGUACACGCGCAACGUAAUUGUCAACUCAACGGAGCAAAACCCUCAUUCCCCGAAGAAGCCGUCGUCUCUGCUCACAAGACGCAAGAUCAUCACAAGGGCCAAGAGCUAUGUUCUCAAGACGUACGAACCUAAACUCAACGCUUUCCUCGACAGCGCUAUCAAAUUUCAAACUUUGAAAUCUGUUACUGAGGACUAUGAGCCUUCAGAGCUAGACAAUAGAGGUGUCGGGCAGCUAAUGUCAGUGGUGCCGCCUCUUGAUACCUGCAAGUAUUUCAAGAAAUGUCUGACCAAUGCGUUCAAAGACGUAGAUAAGACCUGUGAGUUUAUUAUUGAGAAUCGAAAAGCGCUUUUAGGCACAGUCAACUUCAAUGACGUUUCUGAUAGUAUGAUCGACCGCCUUGACAGCGUAAUAAAAAUGUUUGAGGAGGAGUUGGAAUCAAGAAUGAAGAGACUCUACUCGAUAGGUAAAGGCAUUAUUAGUCUCCUCAAGGUCCUUAGUUUAAACGCUGAGACAAGUCUGGAUGCACAAACCAUUAAAAUUUUGAAACAACUUUCUGUGGAAAACAGCAGCGAACAUUUAUCAAGUACGCAAAGCGUCGCCUUUUCUUCUUCAACAUUAGAAAAAUUAGACCAGGCUCAUGGUGAGCUUAAGACCAUCGAAGAAGCUCGUAAGCAGGAAAAGAGCAAACAUGUUCAUAGCUGUACUCAAUUGUGGGAUAAACUGAAAAUCCCCAAAUCAUACACCACCAAAUUCGAAGAAAGUAACAAGGAUCUUUCAAUGACGUCUCUGCAAAACUACACUGACGAACUAAGUCGUCUUCAAGCAAUGAAGAAAAAGCUCAUCAAGAAUCUGAUACAAGACUCUUGGACCAAGAUCAAAGAACUUUGGGCCGCGAUGCACUUUGCUAAUCGUGACACUGCCGCGUUCCAAGAGAUGUUCAAUACAAUGACUGAAAGAUCUAUGACGUUGGAAGAUGAUGAAAAGGUUUUAGAAACCUGCGAACUCGAGAUAAGUGAUUUAGAGAAAAAGUAUGCCCUCUACAAACCACUUUUGAAGCUUAUCAACGAGUUUCAUUCCCUCCAAAACGACAAGCUAAAUCUGGAAAAGAGUAGCAAGGACUCAUCCAGAUUGUUGCUUAGAAACUCUCAUAGGAUUCUACUAGAGGAAGAAAAAACGAGAAAGCGAAUUACGAGGCACUUUCCAAAUGUUAUUCAAGAACUUAUUCAGAAGCUGACCAAAUUUGAGGAGGACGCUCAGAGACCAUUUGUGGUUGGAGGUGCGAGACUGCUCGACAUUGUGCUUCAGCAGGAGGAGGAAAUUAUAAGCAAAUACCCUAGAAGCAGAAUUAACUCCAACUUUAAGACUGGCAGUGUGGCUGCAGCAUCCACAAGAAAAAAAAUAUUACCGGCUACUCGAUCGCCCAAAAAAGAUAAGAACUCGCUGCGAAUUCAACCCAAGAGUCAUAGGAAAACUAUUCAGAGAAGUCCCAUGCGCAGGCCAAAUAAUGGAGGAGUUCCGCUAUCUGUGGAUGCGGAAAGAAGUGAUCUUAAACUCUCUUAUAACCGAUAUAUGAGAGCUACUCGGAUGUCGAGUCCUAUUAGAGAAGCUGUGCAAUACGAUCCAACAACGGCCUUUAUGCGUAGCAGUCCGUCAAAAAUUCCAACUCUUACAAGAAGCUCAACUUUCCCAAAGGACAGCAUGCCAUUUGGCUCGCGCUUGAACUCGAAGGUGCGCAUAGAAAGGCCCGAAGGACUCACACAGAUAUCUCCCAACAAACUCAAUUCAAUGGCUUUGAAAGGCCCCAGGGUAGUAACAGAAAAUGAGCCUGAAUCUGCAAGCAAGUUUAAGGUAUUGUCUUCAACAACAACCGCCAAUAACAGAGAUAAGGAGAACAUUUUCACACCUCACUCAUUGAAGUCACCAAUAAGGUUGGUGGAGAAGGCAUUUUCGAAUAUGUCAUCACCUCAAAAAGGGGCCGAGGAGUCAGUUUAUAGAAUAACAAGAUCUCCGGAGGGGAAAUUUUUGUUGAAUGUCGAACCACAUACAGCAGAGGGUGGUAAUGCAGAAGGAGAAGAUACGAGUAUAAUGGCAGACGAUGAGAAUUUCGUAAGUUGGAAGAGGGAGAGAUUGGCGAGAAUGAACAGCGUGGAAGGUAACGAUGAUCUUCCUUCAAGUGUCAAUUGGGACACAGAUGUAUUUUGA